AUGAUCAUUCCACAUGAAAUACAAAUUUGGUUAUACAAAAAUGGCCUAAGUUAUGUUUUUAAUGAAAGCAUACUCAAUUCGCCUCUAGUAUUCUCACCUAUUGAACAUUAUGUUUUGCAUUUCCUUGUACUUACGUUAAUUCAUGUUUUACCAAACACUAAUUACAGACUGAUUUUUGGCCUUUUAGUUUCAGUUUUACAUUUGUUCUAUUCUCCUUUCAAUUACUUACCACCGGGAUGUGAUAACCUCACAGUCCUACUUCAUUACAUCGCAAUUUUACAGCUGUUAAAUUAUACCUUGAAUUUGUUUUUUUCGGUCCCUGACAAAACAGACUAUCGCUUGGCACAGUACAAGAUCAACGAAAAAGGCGAGCUUCUCUAUGACCCAGCAAGAUAUCGGCCUUUAACCCGCCAAAAGCUACACUGGGCAUUUCAUCGAUGUUUUGGUAAUUUCAGAGGAGUGGGAUGGAAUUUUGAGGUCUCUCAAAUUAGAAGAAGACCACGAAAAGAGAAUGUGUUUAGAUUUAUUUUGCUCAAAUGUAUCCUAUACGAAUGUUUGCUCAAGUUUAUAUUCUAUGAUCUUGCAAACUUUGCCUUGAUUUUAUGUGACCUCAACAAAGAGCUUGGACCGCUUGCUUCUCCCACAAUAACUAAGAUUUACAAUCUGAUCCAUCACAAUAGUUUUGCGUUACUACUCUUAACCACUCUUUCCUCUUCGUAUUGUGUUUAUUAUGGGCUCAAUUUAGUCUACUGGCAAACAUGCGUCUUUUCGUUAUUCUUUGGGCUAUCCAAUGUUGAAGACUGGCCGGACCAAUUCAUGAUAGGAGAAGGUGGUUUUACCGUUUCAAGUUUCUGGUCAUGUUGGUGGCACCAAUUGAUUUCAAGGGAUGCUUAUAUGAACUCAAAGAGAUUAUUUGGCAAAGUUCGAAAUCCUUUUUUACGGAGAUACCUUCUAUGUGUCUCUACAUUUUUUAUUGCUGGCCUAAUUCAUGCUUUUGCAUCUUCGCAGCUUAAAAGUAGAAGGAGUCCUAGUCAUCGUGUACAUGGUUCAUCGCUUAUCGAAUUUUUGUGCGAUACUCAGGGGACCUUUAUUUUAUUCCUUGGUUCAGCUCACAUUAUAGUAUUUGAAUGGCUCUUAUUCAACCAGAUGAAGAAGAGAGGACUAAACAAGCCCACUAACUUGAGGUGUCUAAAACAUACUCUGCAGCUAAUAUAUAUCGGCAGCGUUCUAGCCAUUCCAGUUUACAUGUACAUUCGUGAGCUUUAUUCAUUGGGAGUUGUCUUCCCCCAAUUUCAUCAAGAUCACCUAUCACUAUCACAAUUUAUUUAUUGA